CGCUGGAGAAGAAGAUGAUGGAGUGCACCAACCUGUUUGAGCAGAGCCGGGGCUCGAGCUUUGCCAAGCAGCGCCACAAGCCACCGGCGCCCUCUGCCAAGCACACCUACCCCUCCGGAUUCGAAGCUCCCCGGCCGCCCCGGUCGUCCGCUUCGUCCUCCUCCUACGUGGCGCACCCUCCCGCCUGGUGCGAGGCGUCCCGUGUGCCGGCGUUUUACCGGGACGUGGAGCGCCAGGUGACGGUGCCCGGUGCGGGGAUCAACGGGGCCCUGGUGUGCUCCCUGCUGCUCUCGUCGGGCCUGUCUCGGCCCGUACUGGGCCGGAUAUGGGAGCUGUGCAGCUGCACGCUGGCCGGAAGCUUCACCCCGACCGAGCUCUACACCGCCCUUGCACUUGUCGCUGUUGCUCAGGCGGGGCACCAACCGGAGCUGGAGCUGCUGUCCAGGCUACCCCAGGCUCCAAUCCCGAUGUUUGUCCAGCAGACGAACAAUGUGCACGGAAAUCUGCAGACCCAUCAUCAACAGCAGCAGCCACAACAACAACAACAACAGGUCAACCAAACUCGGCACCAACCCCACCUGCAGCAGCAGCAGUGGGUAAAUCAGCCCCAGCAAAAGUUUGCUGUAACCCAACCUCAGCAACAGCAGUGGGUCAAUCAGUCUCAGCAGAAGUUGGUCGCCACGCAGCCACAUCAACAGCCUCUGUUCCUGCCUACGUCUAGCAACAAUGUCACCAGUUAUACAAUGCCAGCGCUUGCGUCAGUGUCUAUAAGUACCGCGCUUACGACGACCACGUCAACGACCGCGUCUGCAUUGUCGAGCUUGCCAGCUUUUUCGAAGCCGGCGGCUGCAACGUUGCAGCCUUCGAUGGAGCUGCUCGGAGCACUUUCGGCUUCGAGUCUGGACAGCCUGCCCGGAGCUGGACAUAGGUCCCAUGGGGGGUUUGGUGUACCUCCAGUGCCCACUGUGUCCUCUGUGCCCACUGUGUCCUCCGUGCCCUCUGUGUCCUCCGUGCCCUCUGGGUCCUCCAUGUCCAUUCUUCCCGUGGGCCACGAUCGUCCAUUGUCCGUCUUGCCAACUCAGCCGUCUAGACAUCCUCUGGUGACAACUGGUUCAGGAGACUUCGACGACGAUUUUGACGACUUCAAGUCGGCUGCGGUACCCGGUGUCGCACCGACAAACGUCUUCGACACGUCCAACCACCUCGAACCGACUUCUCUAGGUGUAACCAAUCACGCGCACGGCCCGACGCAACCUCACGAAAGCGGCGACGACGUAGUUCCCAGCCCCCACCCACCCGGUGCGCCGUCCUUCCGGCAGCCAGCGAAACCUCAGUCAAGCGCGACGCAACACGCGACUACGAAAGAGCACCAGUUCUUCCAGUCGACGAAACCACGAAAGGAUUCGCCACUUGCCUCUGUCAGUACCAAACCGUUCCAGUUCAGCCUCAAAAUAGACUUGAACUCCUUCGCGUCACUUAAUUCAACCAAAGCGGACGACUGUUCCAAGCCAACAGAAUCCAAGCUGUCGGAAUCCAAUCCGACGGAAUCCAAGCCGGCUCCAAAGUCGAAGGCGGCGUUGGAAGUGGAGGACGAUUUCGCCGACUUUCAGCAAGCCUUUCCGGAGACUCGUGGGCCUGCAGCGGCCAGCGAAGACCGGUACAGUGCCUUCAAGGAGCUUUCCGAGGACGCCAUGAUCUCUUGGGAUUCGCCCGAUCCUGUGGCACCCGCUAGCAGCGUCGUCGACGGCGCUCUGCAACCAGUCAACGCCAUAGACACGGGUCUGGAGACGGCGGAAAUUUGGCACAAUCCUCUCCACGACGGCGGCGGCAGUGCCAACAACGACGAGGACGAGGACUUUGGGGAGUUCUGCCACGUGAGGGUCGUGGAACCGGCGCAGACGGCAACUCCGGAGAAGCGGGUGGGAAGCAGUCUGUUUGGAGACCCCGGACCCGUCGGCACGUCCGGCGCCUUUUCGGCCGUCUCUACGGACACCGUGUCGCUAGGGGACGGCCUGUCGGUGUACAGCCUAGAGUUUGGGGUCCGCGACAGUUCCCUGUCGAGCCGUCCGGGCUCGGUGCUGAGCCUGGACUUCCGACUGGGCAACAGUGACGACGACGAGUCGGCCAAGACCGGAGGCUCGGAGGACGGCGCCGCGGCCACCCAGGAAGAGGCCUCCGAGACCGCCGCAUCCUCCGACACGACCUCGGACACGCAGCCGGAAGUUGCGGUUUCUGUCGGACAGCCCGUGUCGCUGCUGGACAAGUACAGCGUCAUCAGGGAGGGGAACCAGGGUGGGACGCCCGUGGGUGAGGCGGCCAGCGUGGACAACUGGGCCUGGUGCCUGGAGAGUGUGCGCGAGCUCUUGCUCCAGGCAGAGGCGGUCUUCAACAAGGAGGCCAGCAGCCAGGUCUGCAGGGAAGCUCUCGAGACGGAGGAAGGCGCCACCUACAUGCGCAACAUGACGGAGGUGUACAAGGUGGGGCAGCGCAUUGCACUCUCGUCGAGGCUAACGGGGAUGCAGUCGGAGCGGUUGGAACAGCUCUGCUCCGAAGUCCAGGGCAUCUGGGAGCGGAUCUCGUCUUUCCUGGAGAACUCCUGCCUCUUUACGUUGGAGGCGCCACCGGUGCAGGACCCCAAGUGGCUUCCGGACGCAGAGAGCACAGCCAAGGCUUGCGGGGUCUGCCUCCUGCACGUGGACAAUCCAGACAUUGCACCCUCCAAGCUGAGCUACAGCGGCCGGGAGUACCACUCCCCCUGCGCCAACCUCUGGGUCAACUGCGUCAACUCCCUGCUGCCUGCCGUCACCAGGCCGCAGCUCAUCUAAGGGGGCCGGAAAGCCAAGCAUCCGGCAUUGCGGAAGUAACAAUCGACAACACCGAAGGAAACCCCACAACACACUUUUUUUCAGGUGCCCUAAGUGGACACAACGCUGCGAAACGAAUUGUCCCCAAAGAGAAAACUUGUUUGGCGUAAUGUUUGGGUCGCGAAAGGGGUUUUGAGUGUUGUGACGCGCUUCUAUUCAGUGCCUCUGUUUUGGGGUCGACGUCUUGCACAUAAGCACGUUUUGGAAUCGCUUCCGACUCAAAAUGCCUCUCGCGACGUGAAUCUUACGCUACAUUUUUGUUUUCUUUCUUAUGGCAAAGUUCAUUUGGCCCACGCGUGCAAACCAUGUUUCUCUCGGCCGUCGUGGCGGGAUCGGGCACGCCGGCCUUUCUUCGACGUAACUUUCCGGUUGGUGCCACUGUGAGCGCGUUGCUCCUCGUCGUUAUUGCACUAACAAAGUGAUGGAACUUUGAGAAACGUAGAAAGUGUGGCGUUUUCUUUGCGUUCCUUUUAGAAUGGAAGGAAGGGCACUCGGGUUGUUUAGUUUUUCUUCGCAUUUUCUUUGUCGGUCUUCCACGCCAAAAAAGGUUAGGUCCAUUUACGGUCUACCCGGUAUUCUCGGAGUAGCAUAUUUUGUCUUUCUCCGUCGGUGUUCAAACGGCGUCCUCCGAUAGGUGGGGAGCACGGUCGGGCAUUACGGUUGCUUGAGAAAUUUGCGCGACAACGUCGGGUUACGUUUUUUGCCGACCGAACUGCAGCCCCGUCACGAUCAUUGCAAACGGUCGACUGGUUGUGAAUACGAAGUAUUAUUAUUUAUUUUGCGCGCCUCCUCCGUUCAAGGCGCAUUGCCGUGCGCCGUUGGUUUUGCUGUCCUCAGCUUUGUGUUUGCAAUGGGCACCAACGAGGAAUAGACAACACGCGCAUUUGUGGGAGCUCUGCAUCAAUGCAAGUAUCUGAUGGCACAACAGGUUCUUCUUAUCGUAACCUUUAUACAGACGCCGAACUUCCUAAAAACUUUUUUGUUAACAGCUUCGAUGCGUAAGUAACGCAGUAUGCUUCCCCGAAAAAAAUUUGUUUAUCCCAGUAUUUAUUUUUUUGAGAUUUGAUUUGAGUAAAGAGCUAUUCCGAAACGCGCGUUUUCGUUUUGGCACAUUGUUUCUAUAUUACUCUCGUAAUUAAUCUCGUAACUUGUAGACAAACAAAAUUUUUUGAUCGGGGAAAACUUGUUUUUUUGCCAUUCAUGUUUUAUGCGUUGAAAAGAAAUUUGGGGUUGAGUUCGACGCACCUUUGAGGAAAAACUUGGGAGUCUGAAGAUACCCAGCGACCCUCGUAGCCAGCACCGUAAUUUGAGCUGGGUGCACUACCUCAAUAUUGUUUUCUGGGUAGCGGUUUGGCGAAACCACCAGGAAGCCGCCAUAUUACCAGUUCCAGACUAAACCUUUGACAGUGCAUCGCAUUGCACGUUUUGUCCGGAUGCCACGAGACGACAUUACGACGCUUCAGUGUGCGAUACGCCGCACUUUGGCACUGCUAACGUGGCGGCGGCAAUGGGGCGGGGCAUUUGGAGUGCGAUUCAGGGCAUGUAGCAGCAGCGAAUGACUGGGUUGGCAAAGAAACUCAUGGGCAGAGCCAAACUGCAUUAUCCCCAGACCUGUUUCUGCAGGUUGCAUGCAAUGCACUGCGAGAGUUUGGGAUUCAAUUGCAAUGCUGUGUGAGAGUUUGUAAUUCAAUUGCAAUGCUGUGCGAGAGUAUGUGAUUCAAUUGCAAGGCAGUGCGAGAGUUUAUUUUUCAAUUGCGGGGUAUGAUUCUACCCUCCCAUUGAGCAUCAAGCAUUGAUGGCCCUCUUAAAGAGUUGCUCACUUUUUUCUGUGUUAUUUUAGGUUUUUUUUUUCUUCUGUACAUUCCAAGGUGUUCAGUUGGUUACCAUCAUCAUCAUGUGCCCCGUUUGCCUUGUAUAUAGGAUCUUGAACGCGCCAGCCAUCUAAGCCGCUAAUUUGAAUCGCUGGAGGUUUGCGAGACGUAGAGUUUUCGAAGAAAGGAUCUUGCAUUAACUUGUCCUUUGCUGCAAGAAAAAAAAAAUGGCUCGUAAUGUUUUGUUGAAUAAAUUAGACCAAACAUGUUACCAGUUUGCAGUUUGGCACGAGUUGGUUCCUUCAAAAGAAAUUUGACGAGUUCUGUACAGCCUUGCGCAUAGACUGCAAUACCAGUGAUGGAUGUAGAAAUGUCAGUAUUUUAAUUAAAGGAUGAAAUGUCAA